AUGGGUCGACUAGACCCCAAGCCGAUGCUUGCUGUCAGUGGCGAUGCUGUCGCCGCCGUUCGCGUGGUUCCAAACCGCAAGGCACGCAACUAUAGAGAUUAUGAUUAUGUUCCUACUGGACCCAGAGCUCUCGAAUACGACGAGUCUGACCUGGAGUCAACCAUCCCUCGCCACAAGAGAGCUGUCAGCCAACACAAGAGACACAACUCCCAAGAUGGCUACCAUCUCGUCAUGCAUGGUCCCGACCACAGCAGCGGAAGACCCCGAACAACCACUGCGCCGCGCAUCAACCCUCAUGAAACUCCGGAGCAAGCCCGCAGAGGCAAGGUUCCCGCGCUUCAAGAGCUACCUCUCGACAGAAAGCGAGGUGCAGACUCGGAAGAAGAAGACCGUCAGCGCUCGUCCAAGAAACUGCGCAGAGCCAAGGAUGACCGCAGUGAUCGACUCUGUAUGAAGUGUGGUAACUACCAUAGUACGCCUUGCUAUGUUCCCCUCUGCAAUGCCUGCGAUCUGAACCACUAUCACAAUGUCCCAUGCUCGGACGCUACGGAGAAGUUGAAAGAGCGCCUUAAGCUGCAUGACCUUCCUGGGACAACACUGUCGCCCAAGCAGAAGAACAAGAGAAAGACGGCACUGAACUCAAUGCCCGUGCGCCUCCGGGAAGAAGAUCAUGUCAAAUCAGCAUUCUUGUCGGAGAUGCGCGCUCUUGGAUCUGGAUCGGUCUUUCGGUCCUCCGCCGCUGACCAGAAGAAACAAAGCCCUGGCAAGCGCACUUGCCCUAUCUGUCCUGAGUGUGGCAGCUUCCACAGAUCUCCUUGCAAAUGGCUCGUAUGCGAGACCUGCAAAGUCAAGCACCACCCAGAGACUCCUUGCGCCGUGGCUGAGGCGCGACUCAAGAAGCGUCUCGAUGAAGAGGCCGCCAGGCAAGUCCAAGUCGAAGAGGAAAUCAAGCAGCGCUCACAGGAUAUGGCUGAAAUGAACAACAAUAUGGCAUCUACCAGUCUGCAAUUCAGGCGCUCCUCCGCCCCCAGCCCGGGUCGUACAUUCAGUCCUGGAGUUGAGUCCAAGAAGUCCAGGAAGCUCAAGAAGGGUACCAGAUUCUGCAGAGACUGUGGUCGCUACAUCAACAGACCAUGUACUUGGCCGACCUGCACCAAGUGCGGUACAAAGCACUUCGAUCACGUUUCCUGCUGGCAAGCCCAGCAGACUCUACAGGAUCGCCUUGAUGUGUUCGCUCGUGGUCACGGCACUUUUCAGCAGAAGAAAUCGAAGCUCCAGACCUCAUCUGACACCACACAGUCCCACGCGGUGCACGUUGAGCAGUCGGCCAACUCCACACACCUUACGCCAGUCGCACCUGCCAACAUUGCAGCUCCUGUCAACAUGAUCGUCAGCAUUGCUGCAAAUGGACAGAUGUUCUGGUCCCUUGACUCGAACAAGACCGUCCACUUUGGACUUCCUCCCAGCAUGCCCGGCUUUUCUGUGUUCACUCCAUCCGUGCCACCCCAGACUAGCAGCCAUGUCCACCCGAGCCGUCAAGCUUUGCUUCUCGGAUUGAGUGAAGGAGCAGGUCUUGGUGCUCAAUCCGUGGCCGACUUCUCCUCGACUGAGACUGCGCUCCCGCUUGCUAGCUCGGGUGACGAGGCACCCCAGGUCGUUACUCGGGGCGCAUCUGUCGAACAGAAUGUUGAUGCUUUUCUCGCGGAUAUUGUCCAGACUAUGCAUGGUAAUGGUCAGAUUGCUAUGGAAUAUGGUAAGAGCCCCCAGAGUGCAACUUCUUAUCUGGAAUACCUUCGUCGCAACAGCUCGACCUGA